GCGCCGAAGAAGAAACAUUCAAACGUUAACGUGUUUAAUUCAGCGCAAAUCAGUCCGUGUCGGUGUAUAUAACUAUAUAUAUAAAAAACUUCAUUUAAAGGGGGCCGCGCAUCAAGCAUAUUCAUCUGAUAUUAUACGUGUUAAAUUAUAGACGGAACAGCUAAAUUCUUCAACCUUCGUAAACCCUAAAGUUCUUUAGUUGGAUAUCUAGCAGGCUAUGGGGGUGACUGAGCUGUGGUCAGUACUGAGCCCAGUGCAGGAGACUGUGUCACUGUACAGUCUUGCAGGUAAGACCCUGGCUGUGGAUCUCAGUCUCUGGGUCUGUGAGGCCCAACAUGUACAAGCCAUGAUGGGCAAAGUCACGAAGCCACAUCUACGCAAUUUGUUUUUUCGUGCUUCCUCUCUCCUUCGGAUGGGUGUGAAGCUGGUCUUUGUUAUGGAGGGAGAAGCUCCCAAGAUCAAAGCAGAAACCAUGAGCAAGAGAACCGAGAUGGGUUUCCGUGGUGUUAAAACCAAAGGUGCCCCCAAACACGCAGUGCUAAAAAGCACCAGCAGGGGGCGCUUUAAGGCUGUCCUUAGAGAGUGUGCUGAGAUGCUGGACUGUCUGGGCGUGCCCUGGGUACAGGCCGCGGGCGAGGCAGAGGCUCUCUGUGCCUUCUUGGACUCGCAGGGCUUUGUGGACGGCUGCAUCACCAACGAUGGAGAUGCUUUCCUCUAUGGAGCUCAGACUGUCUACAGAAACUUCAACAUGAACACUAAGGACCCUCAGAUAGACUGCUAUAGGAUGUCCCGAGUGACAGAAGAACUGCAGCUGGAGCGAGAGACACUGGUGGGCGUGGCCCUGCUGCUGGGCUGUGACUACCUGCCUAAGGGGGUUGCGGGUGUUGGGAAGGAACAAACGCUUAAGCUGAUAAAGAAUCUUCAAGGACAAACACUUCUUCAAAAGUUCAAUGAGUGGAAGAGAUCUACCUCAGAGACUCUGCAGCUUCCUGGGAAGAAGGUCAGCCACUGUCUGGUCUGUCAUCACCCUGGUUCUGCUAAAUCCCAUGAGCGAAAUGGCUGCGUGUUCUGUGACAGUAAACGUUUCUGUCAGCCUCAGGACUACGACUCCCAGUGUCCCUGUGAUUGGCAUCGUUCUGAGCAUGCCCGCCAGGCUUCCGCCGUUGAAGCCAACAUUAAAAAGAAAACCCUUGCAUGUGACAAAUUCCCUUUCACAGAGAUCAUCAAUGAAUUUUUGAUCCCAAAGGACAAACCCAUUUACAGUUUCAGAAGAAGGAAACCCAAUUUACUCCUGAUGCAGAAUUUUGCUCUGGACAAGCUGGAGUGGCCUAAACAUUAUACCAGCAAGAAAGUUCUAGAACUCCUGACCUACGUGGAACUUGUGAACCGAAGACACGGGACAGAAAUGCCGACACAGAUAGAGCCCCUUCGAAUAUACAAGCGUCGCAUAAGGAACGGGCUCUCUUGCUUUGAAGUCAUCUGGAGGAAACCAGAUCAUUACGUGUUUCCUGAGGACUGUCCCCCUGACGAUCCAGAUGUAGUGAGGACUGUGGAAGAGGAGAACCUGUUCUCGGUGUCCUACCCACACCUCGUCCAGCUCUUCCACAAGGAAAUAUCAGAGGCCAAGGACAGCAGAUCAAAGCAAAAGAAAGUUACUGUGGAAAAAGUAAAGUCUACCGAGUCCCCCGACGGAUUCUCCGAUCUCUUUGCUCGGAUGUCUCUGCAGACCUCGUCAGGACUUCAUCUCCCAGCGUCUUUGGAGACAAACCAGAACAUCUUAACAGCCCUGCGAACUGUAGCUCCCACAAUCCCACCACACGAUGCACCAAAAUCGCUGAAACGGUCAUCGGAAGGAAGUGAGACCCAAGCAGCCGCAGAUGCCCCACCUACCCCACAGGACUGCCAGCGAGGACUACCCUCUUCCCCCUGCCCUACAGGUACUGCCCCACAGGCCCAGAGCUCUCCUUCAGUGUCCACUGUGAUUAACCAGCUGCACUUGAGCAGUAUUGACUGGGAGGCUUUAUCCUUCACUGCUUCCCCAUGUUCUCAACCUCAGUGCAGUAAGGCUGAUCUGGGAUCUGUGAAUAACGUGGACAAAGGGGCCAGAACAUCAGAUUGUAGCUCAUCCACUGCUGUUAAGUCAGACUGUGGAGAGUUAACAGUUCUGCAGGCUGAAGGCCUCUCAGAAUGUCCACUGAGAGAGAGGGUUCUUAAAAGGAACAUGGGGAAGUCUGAGGACCUUCUGAACUCAGGAGAACAUCUAACCAGAAUCAUACUUCAUACUUCCCAAUCAGAGGACACAGAUUCAGGUCGUAGUUUAAAGCCAAAAUCUUGCCAGCCAGUGACUAAACGUCAUAUACUUCCUCUUCAACAACAUCGACAGUCAGGUCCUAGUAGACCUGGUGCUCGUGUGUUAAAGGACACCACAGCCACCACAAAUACACAGAAGCCAAAAGAGUGCUCUCUCGACAGAGUGCCUCCUAAAUCCAGAUUUGUUAAACUGAAACACUCUCUACCGUCUUCAGUAUUGCCUCAGAGAAGCUACUCUGACCCUGGACAUGACAGACGAUUCAGUGACAUGGAGCACACAAACCAACAGAGGACUUGUAAGAAGACUGUUUGCACAAGCCAAGGUUCUUCCAGUGAAGACAGUGAUGUGGAGAAUCACAACAGAACAGAUCACAGAAAAAACACGUUCAAAAGCAAAGCGAGGUCCAAGCUGCAGCAUGCUGGAAAAACUGCUCUGCCCCACCUAACACAGAACAGGAGCAGUGUGGUGUUCAUGAAACUAAACCCUGUUCGCACCAAACAGAGAUCAGACACCACAAAGUCCUCAAGUCAGCCACUCGGUGUGGUCUUCUCAGGGACACCUCCCCAAAUACAGACGUCCAGUAGAAGGAGUGAAGGGUCAGAUUGUUCAGUAGACAGCCCUCGGCCAUUAGUGGAGAGACUGAAACUUAAACCUAAGUGAAAAAAAUAUAU